AUGCCUGCAAGAAGUCGGCCAAGAAUAAGUCAACAUCGCUCUAAGGAUGCAGAAGAACACUUACUCGCACUUGGAGCCGACUUUAAAGCCGUUAACGAGUCCUACAGCAAGAGCCACUCCCAACAACUUCCUACUACGCUUGCCCAUUUGAUCACCAAGGGCAUAUCACAAGGCCUUGCCGAAGCUUCCUCUGUUGGAUACUGCCUUAGUCUGACUUCGGAAAGCGAUAGGGAGCUUCUCUGCAACAUCCUACUCAAGCACAUAACGACUCAAGCAGCUGCAAAAGCUCGUGACAGAGUUCCUCUUGAUGUAUACAGCGGCCUUGCCGAGUCCUACAGCUCCCUCCUUCCUAAGGUACUCGAGUUUACUACGGCGCAAAAACUCCUUCGAAUGAAACGUGCCUCAGAAGGAAGAAACGCUCAACAGCUAGGACUCCCUCCCAGUGCCGUAGCACAAGAAGUACCUAAUCUGGAGGACAACGAUGCUCGAACUGUCUCUACACAAGAAGAACAGGUGAAAACCUUCGCUAAAGACGCUACCCAGGACGAUAGCCUGGAUAAGGAUGGAAGGAAGGGAGCAGAUGAGGCGAAGGAGGUGGAGAAGGGAAAGGAUGAAGCGGAAGGGGAGGAAUGGAAGGGCAAUACAGGGGAGGUGAACAAUGCAAAAAAGCCGCGAGAACCAGCCCUCAACAAUGAUGUAUACGAUCCAGAGAAAGCACCCUACCAUUACGGGCCACUGAAACAUAAGUUUCCAAUCACCUUCAGGGUCACGAGCCAAGCGAUCGUCAAUGCACUGUACGAUAUGAAUCCGUGGCAAAUGCGGGAAGCUGUAUGCGGUGCAAUCAGGAAAAAGCAAACUCAUACGCGGAGUUUCGAGGGCGCAUCAUACCUUUCGGAUGUCAGCCUGUCGAGUAGCGGCGACAUCUCCGCUGUCACGAAUAACGAGAAAUGGAACGACCUUCUCCUAUUGAUCCAAAUGUCGAACUGGGACAGAGACAUUAUCGACCACGGCAUUGGAAUGAAUUUUGGGAGUCACCGGUGCUACCGAGUUCAUAUGAAAGGAGUCAAGAAGGACAGCUCUCUAAGUGGGGACCUUGGCUCUCGUAAGGAAAAGGCUGCACUGAUCAGCGAACUGGUCCGCAUCAAUACCACCACGCUAAUUUCACUGCGAAUCCAUCACAUAAAAGACGUCUACUACAUUCGCAGUCCGGGGAAAGGUAACGAAGUGCUAGCGGUAGAUUUCUUUGACAUUGAACAAGCUAAUGCAGCACUAUGGCGAGGCCUCUACUACAAGGGGAAUCGUUAUGACUGCGAAACGGUUGAGAAACACCGUUUCCUUGCGCGAUGCAAACAUUGUCAAGCGUUCGGCCACAAACCGGGACCUCACUGCGGUCCUCUUCGCUGUGGAAGAUGUUCUGACGCACACCGAACCGAGAAUUGCUGCAUAUCUCGGGAAGAAAGAUGUGCAUUGUGUGCUGGUCCCCAUGCAUCAGACAACCCGGAUUGUCCGGUAACGAAAGCAGAAAAUAACAGUAUUCGAUUCAGCACGGUAUCAUCCAGAAAUUUUCAAUCGAUGACGCAGCCCGAGACGGCAGUGCCUGCUCUUGUCUUACCAGAACACACGUCGUUCAGCAACGACGCUCUGACUCAAAGUUCAGAGCCUAUUUGUGGCCUUCAACAAGAUACACGGAAAUUACUGACCGAGAUUCCUUGUCUCCGUCAAUUGAUCCAGGGACUAGAAGUUGCUUUGAAAGCAAAACGUCGGAAUAUCAAGAGAGGACCCACGAAGAAGAAGAAGAAGGAGAAGCGGGCUCUAGAUUCGGUCACGAACGGCGCAUUUGAUGACCCCGGAAGGUCUGCGAAGCGAAUUAAACGAGAAGAGCAGCAGCAGGCCGAGACGAUGGACCUGUACAGAAUACCGUCGCCCUACAUUGUUCACCGAGACUGA